AGAAACCCUACUUGUUUAACUGUUAUUUGGCAUUGAGUUGAGGCUCAAACAGUACUUCAAGAAAGCAGGGAGAGAGAGAGAGAGAAUAUAGUUCAGUCUUUUGAUAAACUUGGCACAGAACUUGAGCUUGGCUUGAGAAGCUGACUAAACUCAAGACACAUUGUUGCCAUCUUCUCCUUCAAUGGAGAAACAAGGGUGUGAGAUUGAAGCCAUCGGUAUCAACUAUAGAAUCAGUACAAGAAAGAAAGAGUUUUGUUUCCCAAGUUUCAAUGGGAAAUUAGAAGGAAAAAAGAAACCAAAGCAAGGCAGUGAAGAUCCGGGAGUUAGGCAAGUCCUGAAGGAUGUGAAUUGCAGGGCGAGAUCGUGGGAAAUCCUCGCGAUCAUCGGCCCAAGCGGCGCCGGAAAGUCGUCGUUGCUCGAAAUCCUGGCAGGAAAAAUCGCCCCGCAGAAUGGUUCGAUCUUUGUGAACCAGAAGCCCAUUGACAAGGCUCAUUUCAGGAAGAUAAUUGGCUAUGUUGCUCAGAAGGACACUCUCUUCCCACUCCUGACUGUUGAGGAGACCUUGAUGUUCAGUGCCAGGCUGAGGCUAAGGCUUCCUGAAUCACAGUUGGCCUCGAGGGUCAAGUCCCUGCUCCAGGAGCUUGGGCUAGAACACGUGGCAGGCACCAGGGUCGGCGACGACCGCAUCCGCGGGGUCUCUGGAGGCGAGAGGCGGCGCGUCUCGAUUGGGGUCGACGUUAUACACGACCCUCGGGUCCUGAUUCUCGAUGAGCCCACUUCGGGUCUGGAUAGUAACUCGGCCCUUCAGAUCAUCGAUAUGCUCAAGAUGAUGGCUGAGACCCAAGGCCGGACCGUGAUUCUCAGCAUACACCAGCCCGGGUUUCGGAUUGUGAAGCAGUUCAACUCAAUCCUAUUGAUGGCCAAUGGCUCCGUGCUUCACCAGGGAACUGCUGAUCAGCUUGCUGUCCAGUUGAGGCUCAUGGGCUUGCCGAAUCCACCUCAUGUGAACGUCAUCGAAUUCGCCAUCGAGUCCAUCGAGGCCAUCCAGAGCCACCGCCACUCGCAAAACCAAGUGCAACAAGUUGAAAUGCCUCCUCAGUUACCGCCACAGAAGAGAGAGGAAGGACCGGGAGGUGAGAGCCGAAGCCACAAGUUCACUCUCCAACAGCUCUUCCAACAAUCCAAGGUCGUUGAUGAGAGCACCACCGAUGUCAGGAUCGAUCUCCCCCACUGCUUCGCAAAUUCCAGGCUGCGAGAGAUUCUCUUGCUAAUGCACCGGUUCUCGAAGAACAUUUCCCGGACCAAGGAGCUCUUCGCGUGCCGGACAAUCCAAAUGUUGGUCUCGGGGCUCGUCCUUGGCUCCAUCUUCUGCCACUUGAAGGAUGAUCUGCUUGGUGCUCAAGAAAGGGUGGGCUUGUUUGCGUUCAUCUUGACAUUCUUGCUGUCCUGCACCACGGAGGCUCUGCCCAUCUUUCUGCAGGAGAGGGAGAUUCUGAUGAAAGAGACAUCUUGCGGAUGCUACAGAGUCUCAUCCUAUGCAAUUGCAAAUGGGCUUGUUUACUUGCCAUUUUUGCUCAUCCUGGCAGUGUCAUUCGCAGUGCCAUUGUACUGGCUUGUUGGGUUAAACAGCAAUUUCACAGCAUUCCUACAUUUCUUGCUGAUAAUUUGGCUGAUUCUGUACACGGCAAACUCGGUCGUGGUAUGCUUCAGUGCCUUGGUGCCAAAUUUCAUUGUUGGGAACUCAGUGAUCUCAGGUGUGAUGGGUUCGUUCUUUCUGUUCUCGGGCUACUUCAUCUCGAAGCAGGAGAUACCGAGCUACUGGAUCUUCAUGCACUACGUUUCGCUGUUCAAGUACCCGUUUGAGGGAUUCCUGAUCAACGAGUUCUCAAAUUCGGGCAAAUGCUUGGAGUACAUGUUCGGGAUGUGUGCAGUGACCGGCGAGGACGUGCUCAGGGAGGUUGGUUAUGGAGAGGAGAGCAGGUGGAGAAAUGUGCUCGUCAUGGUUUGUUACAUCUUGGUUUACAGAUUCAUUUCCUAUGUCAUCCUUAGAUGCAGAUGCUCGCAGAGAGGCCUCUGAGGUGCUCUAGCUUGAAGAUUGUAAGGUUUGGUUAGUCCACUGAUGGUUUGUGGGUGAUCCCUCUCUGUCCCUUUCUGUCUCUCUCUCUCUCCUUGUAGAGAAGAUGCUUCUUGUGGCUGCUGUAUUUUCUUUGAAACAUAUAUACAUCAAUGUUUUAAUAGACUUUUGUUUUAAAGUAUACCUGUCUGUAGUUUGAAA